UGAAAUGCCACAUCAACCGGUCAUGUUUUGGUGGACAGUAUUCUUGUUCAUCCAACUGGUGUCAGUUUGCUCUACUGAAGAUUACGUCCCAUGGGAAACCGUCAAAACACUUCCUACAGGCGCGGUAGAAGACGGUGAAAAUUUUCAAGCAAUCUAUAUGUUUACGUUUCCGCAGAAUUUUCGCUGUGAUGAUAGUACUCAGGUGAAAACGUAUAUUGAGUACUUGCAGAAACCACCGAAAGGGGAUAACGAUCUAUGUCGAAUGAGACCAUCAAAAAGGAUAGAGUUAAGAUGCAGAAGAAGACAAAAGUUUUUGCAUGAAGAACAUUGGAUUGAGCAGACAUUAGAUGAUUUUAUAAACGAAACUACCAACGUUCAUGCAAAGACGGCGGCCCAAUGUGUCAGAGAUCUAUUGGAUAAAGGUUGGCUGGACCUUCCUGCUAUAAGCACAAGUUGA